GUUUUGGGCUUAUUGAUUCGAAGCGUCAAUUUUUGAUGCACUUCCCGUGGUUCUGUUGCUGCAGCCGAGGUCCUAACUUCAAGCGAAAAUGGAUCGAUCGCAGGAGUACCCUGAAGGCACUGAUUUCGUUGUGCUACUGUGGUUGUGCUGCUCUUACGGGCCUUCCCAACACAAUGUAACGAAAGCAUCCAGCGGGCGUUCUGCUUCUCCAUUACAACCACGUUUGUAAAGGCGCCCAUCCGCGUUGCAUAAGAACUCGAACGGACGAACCGUGCGGGGUCUUUUUCCCAUUGCCUGCCAUUCUCGAGUGCUUCUGCUUCUACUUCAACUGCGCGGUUUAAUGUUCACCGCGGGUAGUAGACCUUGCUUCUUGUGGUUGCUAUCUUCCUUGCCUUUGCCUUUGCAAAAGGGAAUCAUUCGAUAGAACCGUCGGUCGUCUGCAUCGGGUCGAGAAAGACAUUUUUUACAAACUCGACAAAAUAAAGACACUUCAUUUCUUUGCUCGCUCUUUUUCCUUUUUGAAGAGAACCCCACUUAACGUAGGGGGCAAAUCGUUUUGUUUCUUGAGAAACUGCACAGACCAUCACCACGUGCACAGAAAUGACUUUACCAGCUACACUUUAUUCAGUCAAAGUGUACGGAGCACACUAAACGAUUCAGUAGCAUUUACAUGAUUUCGAAACAUCAUUACCAUGGCCAUGGGUGUGUGUGUGUGUGUGUGUGUGUGUGUGUGUGUGGGCUUCUUACCCUGGGAAGAGCCUCCCAGCGAAUGGCCGUUAUUCCGUUUAUUGAUCCUACCCUCGAAAAAAACCCUCCGACAUCGUCGAAGGUCACCAAAACUGGAGGUCCUCUUGUGUGAUCCUCUUCUAGGAAAAGCUAACACGUUUGAUAUUCCCUCUCGGCAAGAAUAAUCAAUUUCUUAGGCUUCUUUCAGGAGCGCUCUUCAAGUUUUGCAACAGUAAUUAAAAAUAGCUCUCAUGACCAUAAAGUACCCUUCUCACUUCUCGUAUCUCGGAUGACACAAUCAAAUUAGCUACAAUAAGACUAAUUUAAAUAAUAGUAAUACUUGCGCGGCUGAAAUAAAACUAUCUGUCCGUACCUCUCCAUAGGGAUGGCCACUCGGGCAAUAAAUCUUCGCCGACACUACACACUCUUAUCCUCAAAAAAAAAGUAAAAACAGAAGCUCCGGCUUAUAAGGCACCAAAUCGUCCGUUUCAUGGCCUCAUCCCUUACCUCUAAACGAGCCCCAUUUGCAUUUGCUAGACGAGGGCGCUUAUGAAUAAAAUUAUCGGUACGGAGUUCCUUCACCGAAGGAAACUCCCCAGAUGGAUUGGGGGGCCGAACAAAACGAACCCAGCUGUGGUUGUUUUUGUUUUUCGUGCGUAUUGGGGAGGUAUUAUCUAGGGGGAAAAGGUUUUGCUGUUUUUGCCUUCCUUCCGAAGUGAAACCCGAGUGUUUUCUACAUAAUUCUUCUACGAUAAACAGAUUCUCCUGUUUGUUUGGUUCAUUUCGCCCCGGCCCCCCGCUAGAUAUUUAUUUAUUUUGUCCGUGCUGUACCUAUUUCUCUGUACCGAGAAACUAGCUCGGGUAGAGCUUAGCGAGGGAAAGCACAUUUAAAUUUCUAUGAACUUUGUGCUACCCAGCAUGCCGUACACGUGUCAGCGUAAUGCACUUUUAGUGUACGAUAACAUUCGCUCCAUUCGCCAGAUGUAUUUCAUCCGGGAUGAUGGAAAGAACGUAGAGAAAAUCUUCAGCACACAUGUUGGCUUCCAUCGGUUAUAUCAAAUUAUCAACCCGUAAUGUGAUGAAAAGCUCAUUCGCUCAUGAAUAAUUUUUUAACCAUCAAACCCAGAGCUAGAGCUAAACAGGACUGCUCGGGGAAAACUCGGUGCGCACUGAACGUUGUUUUAAACUUUCAGGAAGAAAUGUAAACAUCGCUUCGAUGUGAUGAUGAAUAUGAGGACUGUUCGAGACAUCUCUAACUAAGAAAAUAUAUAUUAAGUUAACUACAUGUAUGGUUGAAAUGGCGCCGAUCUUUGAUACGGUAGGACAAAGUUUCGAAUCCUACCCGGAUCUAUUCACCCUACGAGUCAAGGAAGCCAGUAAUAGUAUACCAAGACCUCUCGAGGUUCUUGUGCCAAAUAAUCAGGAGGUCUACACAAAUUUAUUGUUGUAUAUGCCUUCUACUGGUCAACAAUACCAUUGCGACUCCUCCGAUACGCUUAUUACAAAUAAUUACAACUAACUGUUCGAUAGACAAAUAAUAUUCAACUUCCUAUAGUAUGAAUAAAAUAAAUUUUCACAAUUUCUUACAAAAUCAUGUAACAAGCUGUAAUCCAUCAGAAAAUGCCUGAAAUUUUUUUGUUGAUAAAAUUCGUUUCAUCAAACAUCGUCCGGACGUCACUGCACAUGUCCGCACGGUGAGCCUUCUAUCCAACGUCAGUUUGACGUUUACGCGCUCCGCCGUUUGUUUACAUCGCGCGUUCGCUCACGCAAAAGGCACGGGAAUUCGCAGAGGCUAAAACGCACCCGAAUCAAACAAAGUGUCCGUGUAUUUUUUUGUUCUAAUUUGCCGGCACGCUUUCUCUCCUUCCUUUUCUUUGCCAGCCCCAUAUAGUCCGCGUAGCCCACGAUGCUGGAAAUUACGUGCAACGAUCGGUUGGGCAAGAAGGUGCGCGUAAAGUGCAACCCGGACGAUACGAUUGGUGACCUGAAAAAGUUGAUCGCCGCCCAGACCGGCACGCGCUACGACAAGAUAGUGCUGAAAAAGUGGUACACAAUCUAUAAGGAUAAUAUCAAGCUGGCGGACUACGAAAUCCACGACGGUAUGAACAUCGAGCUGUACUAUCAGUAGAGCCUCGGAUGUGCGCCGGCGAAUGGUUCGAAAGGUGGCAGCAGCCUCUGUGCUACUGCUGCUGGUGGCUGUUGUUGUCAUCGUAUCGAUUUUUGGCGUCGCUGCUUGGCGUGACCGCAGCAGAAAUAACCGAGCUGUUGGAAGGUGGAAUCUGAGCGAAAACUAAACAACGGCUAGGACCACAAAUGCACAUUAAUAUUGAGUGAAGGAGAAACGGAGCGCGUUACGGAGAGCAGGAUGAAAGGAAACGUAUGAAGAGAGGCAAGAGAUUUUAAGAUAAGCUUGAGGUAUAACUAAAACACAAUAAGCAUUCAUACUGUGACUGUUGGAAAGGGAAAAUAAAAAUUUACUAAAACUGAACA